UGCGUGGUUCAUUUCUUUCCUUUGUCCCAUCAUUCUGAUUCAUUUUCAGCUUAAUUUUUCCAUGUAGUGCCGGUUAAUUGAAGUGAUAUAUGAUUUAUUUAUGUGAUUACAUCUAACAGCAGACUCAUAAAAUUGUGUCUUUUUGUGUCCGAUGUCUAGUGGUAGUUUAGCAGACAACUCCAUCGAUCCUCCAGCCAAAAAGCGGAAGCUUGAAUCAAAGAUUGCUACCCUCGAAAUGGCGAACAAUGAAGCUUCAGGAUCCUCCACCAGUGAUAUUGAUGAGGGACUUUACUCAAGACAACUGUACGUUUUGGGGCACGAAGCUAUGCGCCGCAUGGCAAAUAGUGAUGUUCUAAUAUCAGGUUUAGGUGGUUUGGGUGUAGAAGUAGCUAAAAAUGUAAUUCUUGGUGGUGUUAAAUCUGUUACCCUUCACGAUGAGGCUCUUUGUACUAUUAAAGACCUGUCAUCCCAAUUUUAUUUAACAGAGGGGGACAUUGGUAAAAACCGCGCAGAAGCCUGCUGUAAGCAGUUAUCUGAACUCAACACUUAUGUCCCCACAAAGUCUUACACAGGGCCCCUUGAUGAAGCUUUCAUCUUAAAGUUCAGUGCUGUUGUCUUAACCACAAGCAAUCGUGAAGAGCAACUAAGAAUCAGCGAGAUAACACAUGAAAACAACAUUGCAUUAAUUAUAGCAGACACGAAAGGCCUUUUUGCACAAGUAUUUUGUGAUUUCGGAAAAUCCUUUACUGUUGUAGAUGUAAACGGAGAACCUUUAGUCUCUGCGAUGAUAGCAGACAUUUCGAAUGAUGUCGAAAGUGUAGUCACUUGCAUUGACGAUACAAGGCAUGGUAUGGAGGAUGGAGACUAUGUUACCUUCUCAGAAGUUCAGGGAAUGACUGAAUUAAAUAACUGUGAACCAAUCAAAAUCAAAGUAUUAGGACCAUACACUUUUAGUAUUGGUGAUACCACCAAGUUUUCUAAAUACACCCGAGGUGGUAUUGUAAGUCAAGUUAAAAUGCCAAAACAUCUGGAAUUCAAAUCAUUUAAAGAUUCUCUUGAAAAUCCUGAGAUACCGAUUACUGAUUAUUCAAAAAUGGAUUUUCCUACGCAGCUUCAUCUAGCUUUUACCACCUUACAUAAGUUUGUAGAAAAGUCUGCAAGGCUACCUAAACCAUGGAACAAUGAAGAUGCAACAGAAUUUGUUAAUUUAGCUAAAUCGUUAGCUGCAAAGGGUGAUUCUGAAGAAGUUAAUGUAGACCUCUUAGACACAUUUGCCAAGGUAUCGGCUGGAGAUUUAAAUCCUAUAAAUGCUACUAUUGGUGGUAUUGUAGCCCAAGAAGUAAUGAAGGCAUGUUCUGGAAAAUUCCAUCCCAUUUUCCAAUGGUUCUACUAUGAUGCCAUAGAAUGCCUACCACAAGAUAAAUCAGAAAUCACUGAAGAACUAGCUGCACCCACUGGUAGCAGAUAUGAUGGCCAAGUUGCUGUUUUUGGAAAAGAAUUCCAAAAGAAGUUAGCAUCACUGAAAUAUUUUAUUGUUGGUGCUGGAGCUAUUGGUUGUGAAUUGUUGAAGAACUUUGCUAUGAUGGGUGUAGGAACACAAGGAGAAGUUACAGUAACUGAUAUGGAUUUAAUUGAAAAAUCUAAUUUGAACAGGCAGUUCCUUUUCAGACCACAUAACGUCCAACAACCAAAAUCUGCCACAGCUGCAAAGGUCAUUAAAAAGAUGAAUCCUGAUAUCAAUGUUGUUGCACAUGAAAAUCGUGUUGGACCCGAAACUGAAAGUGUCUACAAUGACGAUUUCUUUGAAAAGCUUGAUGGAGUUGCUAAUGCACUGGAUAAUGUAGAUGCUAGAAUUUAUAUGGAUAGAAGAUGUGUCUACUACCGCAAGCCUCUUCUAGAGUCUGGAACCCUAGGAACUAAGGGAAAUACUCAAGUGGUGGCACCUUUCCUCUCUGAAUCAUACAGUUCUUCUCAAGAUCCUCCAGAGAAAAGCAUUCCAAUCUGUACUUUAAAGAAUUUCCCCAAUGCUAUCGAACAUACUCUACAAUGGGCAAGGGAUAUGUUUGAAGGAUUGUUUAAACAAAAUGCCGAAAAUGCUUCGUUGUACAUAACAGACCCUGAUUUCCUCGAUAGGACUGUUAAGCUACCUGGUGUACAACCUUUAGAGGUAUUGGAAUCCGUAAAGGCUGCCUUAAUUGAUGAGAGACCUAAAGAUUUAAAUGAUUGCAUCGCUUGGGCACGUAAUCAUUGGCAAGAACAGUAUUCCAACCAAAUUAGGCAGUUGUUGUUCAACUUUCCUCCUGAUCAAUUAACCAGUACGGGGCAGUUGUUCUGGUCGGGACCGAAGAGAUGUCCAGAAGCGCUUACUUUUGACGUAAAUGAUCCCCUGCACUUGGAUUAUGUUAUUGCUGCAGCUAAUUUGAAGGCUGAAGUUUAUGGUAUACCAACUAGUAGAAAUAGAGAACAAAUCGCAGAAGUGGUUAUGCAAGUCAAUGUUCCAGAAUUCAUCCCUAAAUCUGGCGUAAAGAUAGCAGUUACGGAUUCUCAAAUGGCUAUGAAUGGUAAUAAUGUGGAUUUGGAUCGUGUUUCCCAAAUUAAAGAAGAAUUACCUUCAGUAGCAGAACUAGGUGGACUACGUCUUACUCCUUUAGAAUUUGAAAAGGACGAUGACACCAAUUUCCACAUGGACUUUAUAGUUGCUGCUUCAAAUCUUCGUGCAGCUAAUUACAAAAUACCGCCUGCUGAUAGACAUAAAUCAAAACUUAUUGCUGGUAAGAUUAUUCCCGCCAUAGCAACAACAACCUCAGUAGUCGCUGGAAUGGUUUGCUUGGAACUCUACAAACUCACCAGAAGUUACACAUCCCUAACUCCAUUCAAAAAUAAUUUCAUUAACCUCGCCCUGCCUUUCUUCAGUUGCUCAGAACCAAUCGCAGCCCAACAAAUGGAAUACUGUGGUAACAAAUGGACACUAUGGGACCGCUUCGACGUUCAGGGAGAGAUGACGCUUAGUGAAUUUUUGGAAUACUUCAAGGAAAAACACGGUCUUGAAAUUACGAUGUUGUCCCAGGGCGUCUGCAUGCUGUAUUCGUUCUUCAUGGCAAAAGCUAAAGCUCAAGAACGUUUCGGUCUUUCGAUGUCAGAAGUCGUCAGACGGGUGUCAAAGAAGAAAAUCGAACCUCACGUAAAAGCAUUGGUAUUCGAACUGUGUUGCAACGAUUCCACUGGUGAAGACGUGGAAGUUCCAUAUGUUAAAUACAAUUUAUGUUGAGCCGACUCAGUUCAAAACUCAACUUAAAAGACUUAAGAGUUUUGUUAGGUCAGUUUCUGGAUUAAGAGUACGGGAAAACUAGCCACGUUUUACUAUUUACACAUUGUGAGAUUGCUGACCAAUAGUUGGAAUACAUAUUAGCAGCAAGAGCUUGUUUCUUUUAUUAUUUAUUAUUUAUCAGCUGUUUUUUAAUAUUUGCAGACCUUUAAAUAUUUUUUAUAACUUUUAAAUGUCCUUUUUGUAUUAACGUCAUGGCAACCACUGUUAGUAUUUAACCCUUUCAGCUCCGCUGUAAUAUGUCCAGCAUCAUGACGCACUUACGCGUCAAAUACACUGGCCAAUAGUCAUCUUUGGACGCGCGUAUGCGUCACCGUAGCUGAAAGAGUUAAAUCUCUGUAAUUUCUCCAAUUUUCGUUUACCCAAAAACUGAUCUAUAAUGAAUUUGGGUACUUGACUGGAAAGUGUGAUCUAAAUUAUUCUUCUC